UCCAAAUAUUCUCUCUCUUCCCCAUAAAACCUCUCCACUCUUACCAAAUUCUUCACCCUUUUUCAUCCUUCAAAUCCAUUCUCUCUCGAUUUGGAUGAAAUUCGGCAAGACUCUCAAGCAGCAGAAGCAGGAAACCCUGCCUGACUGGCGUGACAAGUUCCUUUCCUACAAGGACUUGAAGAAGCUCGUCAAACUCAUGUCCUCCGCUCCUCACAUACUCACCGGCUCCUCCGAUCAGUACGUCAAGGCCGAAGCCGACUUCAUUUACUUACUCAACACCGAGAUCGACAAGUUCAAUUCCUUCUUCAUGGAACAAGAAGAAGAUUUCGUUAUCCGCCACAAGGAAUUGCAACAUAGGAUAGAGAGAGUAGUAGAUAGAUGGGGGCCAAACGGAAGAGAAUCGUCAUCCGCACUCUUCAAGGAAGAAAUGGCGAAGAUUAAGGUAGAAAUAGUUAACUUCCAUGGUGAAAUGGUUCUACUAAUCAACUAUAGCAACUUUAACUAUACAGGACUAGCGAAGAUCCUGAAGAAAUACGAUAAGAGAACAGGCGGAUUACUCAGAUCGCCUUUCAUUCAGAACGUGUUGCAACAACCGUUCUUCACUACAGAUCUAAUCUCAAAGUUGGUUAAAGAAUGCGAGAGCAUGAUCGAUGCAGUGUUUCCCGUCUUGCAGGAGGAGGAGAAGGGAAAGUUUGUUGAGGAUAGAGAAUUGAUUACGGUUUCUGGAGAAGGUGUUUUCAGGAGUACAGUUGCAGCAUUAUUGACAAUGAAAGAGAUGAGAGUUAGAGGAAGUUCUACAUUUGGUAGAUUCUCUUUGCCUCCUCUUGUAUUGCCUGAAACUGAUCUUCCUCUUCCUCCUCUUCAUCUCAAUUCGCCUAUACACAUUCCAUAGCGCGAUUGUGAUGGUUAACACGAGGAAGAUACACUUUUAAUACAUAUAUAUAUAUAUAUAUACAAGCUCGAUUGAUCAUGUUUUCGAAGAGUGGGAUUAUGAUAUUCGUGUUCUUCAGUUUCUUUUCUUCUUCCUUACUUUGUAGUGUUUAUGGGUUGAAGCCUAGAAAUUGUAUGUGCCUUUAUGCCAUAUAGCUAGUAGUAACUCUUCUUGUUAUACUAAUUUUAGUGAAGGAAAAAUAUUACAAUAAAAAUGAUUUUCACACU